AUGGCUUCGGAACGACUUGAAAAACAACACCAAUCUGAAGCGGUUUGUACGGCAUAUUCUGGCGCCCGCCCACAACGGCCCAGCAAAUGUUGUAGAGGCCGCUGCGUGAAAUCAGCAAAAAGAAGUUUGCAGUUUUUCCGGCCGGAUUUACUAUCUGAGCACCUGUGCACCUUUUUCAUAGCCGUUUCAAAGGAGGUCCGCCCCACCACCCGCUUCUUUUGUUUCGGGGUACACCAUUUCGGCAGCGCUACGGAUGUUUCUCCUGUGACUGUAGAAACGUCGGAUAAAUGUACUAAACGGAAGAGGGGAGACAAUUGUUGGGAUUCCCGUGCCCCUCCUCUGAGACUUGAGAGAUGUUCCGGGGAGCGGAAUAUUUGUCAAGACAUAUCCGAAUGCGGAGAUUUUUCUCGAAUGAAAAGGGGAAGUGGACCAAAAAGAAGGGGAGGAGGGGCGGGGCAGCGUUCUCCACCCCGCCGUAACUUGGAGACCGGGUGGCGGAGGGGUGGAGUAUCGUUUUUCCUUUUGCAGGGUUCGGAGCAAUAUGCCCCGUGUCGUGCGCAAAUGGCAGGUAUGUUUGAUGGUUUUGGGCUGUGA